AAAAGACUCUUAUUUUGAAAUCGGUAACAUUCUUCUGCUCUUAGCACAAGAUUUCAGUCACGAGAUUAAACCCGUUAAACACAUUUAUGACUGACUGAAUUUACAUUUUAAUCCGCAGUCCGAAAGAGCGUUUAACUGGGUUAACUAAGUGUGAGUAUAUUCAUAACGCGUUAUUAGUAAUGUUGUAAAAAAAACACGGUCAUCGGAAAUGUCUGCCGUUAGCGCAUAGCAAACAUGUGGAGUCCUGAUGAAAUAGCCGGCUUGUGUUAUAAUCACUUCAAAAAACUGCCUAAACGAGGAAAGCCAGAGGCGGGCAGAGAGUGGACUCUACUGGCCGCUGUGAUCCUAGUGACUGACAGUUCAGAGCAGAAGACAGUUCACAAGCAGGUCGUGUCUUUGGGAACCGGCACCAAAUGCAUCGGCCGAUCUACCAUGAGUCUCAAGGGCGAUAUUCUGAACGACAGUCAUGCUGAGGUGAUUGCUCGGAGGGGAUGUGUCAGGUAUCUGACGGAGCAGCUGUUCAGAGCCGUAAGUGGCCAGAGCUCGGAUGUUUUCUGCCCUGGAUCUGAAGAGGGCAAAUGGGCUGUUAAACCGGGAGUUUCUUUCCUUUUCUUCACCAGUCAAACACCUUGUGGCGAUGCCUCCAUAUUUCCUAUGACUGGAAGUCAAGCGCAGCCCUGUGAGCCCGUAAAAUUAAUCCAGAGCAAAGAGCCAGAGAGACGAGGCCAGAAACGACACGCCGAGAGUGACCUGAAAGAGAGCGACAGACAUUCAUCCCGCCAAAAAUCGGGGCAUACUGAUGAGCGUGAAGCCAUGACGGAAAACAAAGAAAGUAAUCCAUCAAAUGCGGUAUUGCACUGCGACCCAGAAGAAGAGAAAGACUUGCACCGCACGGGGGCAAAGUGUGUCCCCUCCGGCCCGGCCGACCCGCUGCAGCCCGGGUUACUCUAUCACAGCAUCGGGGCGCUGCGGCUGAAGCCAGGCCGUGGCGAUCGAACACUUUCUCUUUCCUGCAGUGAUAAACUGGCCCGAUGGGGUGUUCUGGGCUUCCAGGGUGCCCUGCUGUCUCAUUACCUACAGGAGCCACUCUACUUCAGAGCUGUGGUUGUUGGAAAGUGUCCUUACAGUCAUGAGGCAAUGCAGAGAGCCCUGAACACACGAUGCUCUGAUGUGAGGGGUUUGCCGCCAGUUUUCUCCAAACGUGAUCUAGAGAUUCUGCAAUCCGGUCUGGAGUUUCCUCACAACCACACUCACACCGAGGCCAAGCACAAACACACACUAGGCAGAAUAUCUCCCUGUGGGGCAGCUAUCAGCUGGUGCGCCGUAUCCCAGCAGCCUCUAGAUGUCACUGCGAAUGGUUACAAACAGGGAGUGACUAAAAAAGCUCUGGGGACAUCACAAGCAAGGUCAUUAAUUAGUAAAGUGGAGCUCUUUCAUUCGUUUCUGAAAUUGGUGGCAGCAACCGAAGACUCUCGGCUUCCAGAGUCCCUCUGUGGAAAAGAUUUGAAGACGUACUGGGACUACAAGCAGGCUGCAGAGCCGUACCAGCAGGCCUGGACACAGCUGCGUCUGCAGGCCUUCCCGCUGUGGCCCCGGGGCCCUCGAGAACUGCUGCUGUUCUCCUAGCGGACCGGACUUCACCAUAUCAGUGUCCUGAGCGGAUCACAGGAAUAAGAGCUGUGGUCUCAUUCUCAAGGCUCCAGCUUAGAUCAAAUAAAUGAAUUCUUCAAAAACAUGUCAAAUGUAAAAUAAAUGUGUUACUUAAACAUUUCUGGGAGCAAUGUUACAUUUAGAUUUACAUGCUUCUUUAAUUAUGAUCUUAAGUUCUGAAGGAUUUUGAAAGUUUGGCAGUAAUUAACGUUGAAUUUUAAUGUAAGGCUUAUGUAACGCUGUGUUUCAAAUUGAUUACCAAAAUAUUAAUCAGAAAUAUAAAAAAAAAAGGAACCAAAAAGUGACCAAAUAUAAUAAUUUACUAAAAUGUAAUUGUAUUUUUAUUCCACAUAAAAUGUGUACUGUGUAAUUUUUUUAUGUAUAU